AUUUCUUGUUCUUUCCUUAGUCAGUACCUUAUUCUGAUAUUCACCUUACUCCAUUUAUUGCAACACCCCCUUGUUUUAUCUGACACAUAACUCUUCCACAUACAUACGUGACAAGCCAUCUCUCUCUCUCUCUCUCUCUCUCUCUCUCUCUCCAAUGAAGCUCCAAGCCAUGGAGCUUCCCAUUGCAAAAAACCAGACACUACAAAAAAUCCCAACAAUACUCAUCCUUGUAGCCAUGCCAAUGGUCCUCUUCACAGUGGUCCCUCUCUGCUACCCUCUACUAGGGUACACUCUGAAGAAUUUCUCACAACCACCUUCCACUCCAUAUGCACAAAUUGAUCAGGAGGAUUCAAUAAAAAUACCAACAAAUGAAAAAUGUGACAUAUUCACCGGGGAAUGGGUUCCGAAUCCGCACGCGCCCUACUACACAAACACGACGUGCUGGGCGAUCCACGAGCAUCAAAAUUGCAUGAAGUACGGGAGACCUGAUUCCGAAUUCAUGAAAUGGAGGUGGAAGCCCGACGGGUGUGAUUUGCCGAUCUUUAACCCGUUUCAGUUCUUGGACAUGGUUAGAGGGAAGUCAUUGGCAUUUGUUGGAGAUUCUGUCGGGAGGAAUCAGAUGCAGUCCUUGAUUUGCCUCUUGUCCCGGGUGGAAUAUCCCAUAGAUGCUUCAUACACGUCGGACGAGAAUUUCAAGCGCUGGAAAUACACGUCCUACAAUUUCACCCUAGCAAUAUUCACGACACCCUUUUUGAUCAAGGCCGAAGAAGCCGACAAAACCGGUCCAACGCGCACGGGCCUUUUCAACCUCUACCUUGACGAAUUCGACGAGACAUGGACGACCCAAAUCGAUGGAUUCGACUACGUGAUCAUCUCGGCCGGCCACUGGUUCUACAGGCCGGUCAUGUUCUAUGAAAACCGCCAGUUGGUCGGCUGUCGGUUCUGCCAGGUUGACAACGUCACCGACCUCCCAAAGUAUUAUGGGUAUCGAAGGGCGUUCCGGACCGCCUUUCGGGCCAUCAACGGGCUAGAAAACUUCAAAGGGAUAGUAUUUCUCAGGGCUUUUGCACCAUCUCAUUUUGAAGAUGGGCUGUGGAAUGAAGGGGGAAAUUGUGUGAGGAAAAGGCCUUUGAGGAGUAGUGAGGCCCAUUUUGAGGGUGAGGACUUGGAAUUCUACAUGACCCAAAUGGAGGAGUUUAGGGCAGGGGAGAGAGAAGGGAGGAAGAGAGGGUUGAGGUAUAGGGUGCUUGACACAACAUAUGCAAUGCUGUUGAGGCCAGAUGGGCACCCUAGUGGGUAUGGGCAUUGGGCAAAUAAGAGUGUGACCAUGUAUAAUGACUGUGUUCACUGGUGCUUGCCUGGGCCCAUUGACACUUGGGCUGAUUUCUUGCUUGAGAUGUUGAAGAGGGAGGGUAAGAGAUCUUUUAGUGGUGUUGUGUGACGGGUCAAUGUUUUCUGACGGAGAUGACGAGGUGCCAUACUUGCACUUCUGUUUCGUUCAUCUGAAAAAUAGGAGAUCUUUUUGAGGAAAAUAUCAAUUUAGGGACGGGCGAGAGAGAGAAUGAGAGAGAUUUGUUGAGAAAGCUCUCUCUCUGUCUCUGUCUCUCUCUGUUUGCAGGUAUUGUGUAAGCAUGAUGUAUUUGUAUUAUGUGUUGGUAAUUCAAAAACAUACUUUGAUAA